AUAUCAAGUGUGCAUUUAGUAUGGUGAGAAAAUAAACUACUGAUUACUGAUUACAAGGCAACACAUAUCAACUGCUUAUAAUUUUCUUACUGAUCUGAUGCCGUAUAAUGUUCCCACUGUUAUUGAGGGCUUGCCGACAUUUUCUCAGUUUUGGAGAUGACUCAACAAUCGUUUCCAUAUUAUGGAGGAUAACUUCAACUACAUUGUGUCAAAACAUGAUGAUAUGGAAAAUAUCAGUCUCGUCACUUUUCUCUCGUGGAAGAAUAUCAAAGGCAAUACAUCUGUCCCGGCGGUCUGUGGAUGCAGUACCGUAUUCUCGUGAGCUGUGGACUGAUUAUCUCACCACUCUGAAAACAUACGCGAAACCUGAAGAUUUUAUUCCGGAAAAGAUUCGAUGUUCAUCAUGGUUACAGAUGGAUGCAGGAUGUCUUCUGCCCAAAACUCCUUAAGUUAAUUUCUUGCAAUAAAAAGCUAUAUCUUCGAUUCAUAUUCUGCAGUACCCGUUCUCUCAACUUGCAGUAAGUACUGUUUAAUACUGCAGUAGGUUCCGUUCUACAACAAACAUGAACUGUUAUUUUCGCAUCUCGGCUCCUUCAUGGGCUUCGCAGAUGCCAAUUAAUAUUGUUUUGUUUUAUGCAGUACUUGGUGUAUUGUAGGACUACUUGCUUAGUUUAAGUGUAACCUUAACGAAUU